AACAUCUCUUCACAAUCAAUCCAUUCAAACCACUCCAAUAUGUUGUUGAUGGAGCUUGUGAUUUUCUUCGACUGGCUGUUGAUCGUCUCUGGUAUGCCGAAAGUGAAGUUUGGUCUCCAAAACUUUACGGGACGUGGUAAAGAUUACCGCAUCAAGGUGAUAACUGGGGUUCGUAUUAUAAACAAGCACGGCUACCCGGUGGAGACGCACACGGUACGCACUGCAGAUGGAUACAUUCUAGAUAUGUUCCGGAUUCCCUCAUCACCCAACUGCAAGGAGGACGGUUUCAAGCCAUCUGUCCUCCUCCAGCACGGCCUGAUCAGCCUGGCCGAUUCCUUCCUGAUGAUGGGACCGAGGAACGGACUUCCAUUCAUGCUGGCCGAUCGCUGCUACGACGUGUGGCUGAGCAACAGCCGGGGAGUCCGCUACUCGCAGCGCCACAUCCGCCUGAAGGCCUCCCAAGAUGCCUUCUGGCGCUUUAGCUGGCAUGAAAUGGGAAUGGAGGACCUGCCCGCCAUGAUCGACUACAUCCUGUCCACGACAAGCGAGGAGGCGCUGCAUUUCGUUUGCCAUUCUCAGGGAUGCACCACCCUACUGGUCCUGCUCAGCAUGAAGCCGGAGUACAACCGGAUGAUAAAGACGGCCAACAUGAUGGCCCCCGCCGCUUUCAUGAAGCACGCAAGGAACAAGCUAUUGAACAUGUUUGGGAACAUCAUUAUGAGCAUGAAGGACAGUAGUUUUUUUGGCCCCUUAGAUCCUAUAAGAUUCCUGCUAUCGGCUUUUUGCAAAAACUCCAACUUUAAAAAUUUCUGCGCCUUUAUGUUCAUAUUGGCCAGUGGAGAACCAACAUCAUAUAUGAAUAUUACCGCCAUACCAUUGAUAUUAGCAACGCAUCCUGGUGCGAUUUCCACUCGACAGCCAAAGCACUUUCUGCAACUCCGGAAAUCUGGAAAAUUCCGUCCGUAUGACUUCGGAGACUGGAGAAACAAUAAACUAUACAAUCAGGCCACGCCUCCCGACUAUCCCUUGGAAAACGUCCGUCCCCAGUCGCCCAUUCAAAUAUACCACAGCCAUGGUGACGACUUGGUGGCGCGCAAAGACAUCCACAUCCUGAUCAGCAAGUUGGACCAGGUGGUGUUGCAUGACAUUGCUUUUAAAAAAUGGAGCCACUCGGACUUUUUGUUCGCCAAAUUAAUCAAAACAGUUGUUAAUGAACCAAUUUUAAAAUUUAUUGAUCACUUUGAGAAUAGAUCAUAUCAGCAAUAG